GAGGCGGCGCGCGCUCCGGAUGAGUGCGCACGGGGCGGAGGGGUUCGGGAGCAGUGGGCAACCGUCAGCUGCGCGCGCGAGCCGCUCGUAUAUAACCACCGUCCUCCCCUCUGCCGUUGUCGCACACUCGCGCGCGCACUCACGUGCAGAUCUCUCACGCCACACGUGCAGAUCUCUCACGCGCGCCACACGUGCAGAUCUCUCACGCACGCCGCACGUGCAGAUCUCUCACGCACGCCGCACGUGUAGAUCUCACAGCGCGUUCGCAAAGGAAACAGGCGCCGACCGUAGCGACUGAACCCGCGUCUUGAAGUGUAAAUACGAGUGCUACCCCGCUGCAGUCUGUUUGCACAUUUCUAUAUAUAUAUUUUUUUUUUCAGCGAAGUUAUUUGUUGGGUUCGUGCAUAUUCAAUUACAUCAGCACUGCUUUAUUAGCGGCAUUACUUCUUCUUCUUAGUCGUCAAGCGCAAGCUUUGAGCGGAGUUCACGGCGUCACUUUUGGCGGUGUUGAGUCAAGAGCCGGCAGUGUUAGCAGCAGCGGCAGCGGCCACCGGUGAAAUGAGUAAGAACCACUCCGAACUUGAGACCUGCCUGGUGGUGAGCAGCCCCCACGAGGACGAGGCAGAGGCUGCCGUGCCACCGCUGCGCGAGGCGGACCUUCUGUGUGCGCAACCUUUACGUCAGGUUCGCACCCUGUUCGUGAGUGGGCUGCCUAUGGACAUUAAGCCCAGGGAACUCUAUCUCCUCUUCCGACCUUUCAAGGGAUACGAAGGGUCUCUUAUCAGGCUCACAUCUAAACAGCCCGUAGGAUUUGCGAUGUUUGACAGCAGAUCGGAAGCAGAGGCAGCAAAAAAUGCUCUCAAUGGGAUUCGUUUUGACCCGGACAUCCCUCAGACGCUGCGGCUGGAGUUUGCCAAGGCCAACACCAAGAUGGCCAAAAACAAAUUACUGGGGACACCAAACCCCACGUUGCCGCAUCCCGCCCUCGGCCCGCACUUCAUCGCCAGGGAUCCUUUCAUCCACAAUGGGCAUCUAAUCUUCAUGGACCACAUUGCAGAUGACCUGUCUGGGGCGGCUCUCAUACCGGCGGGGCCGGAAGCGUGGAUGCCUUACCCCCUGUACGCGGCAGAGUUCGCCCCGGGCCUGCCCCACCAUGCCUUCGCCUACACGCCGGCCGCCGCCACCGCGGCCACAACGCUGCACACACAGGUUCGCUGGUUGCCACCCCCAGCAGAGACGGCCCCACAGGGCUGGAAGGGAAGGCAGUUCUGUUAGGAUGAGGUUUGUUGGAUGUGCGAUGUGGCGUGUGACCCUGCUCGGGCGGCUCCCGGGCAAGAUGAAUUGUGGGCGACGCGUUGUGAUGGGGCAGUCAGGAGCCGCAUGGCCGUGGCAGGGAAAGGCUCCCAACACACGAAACGCGACCUCACAUCUGACGCCCUGCAUCAUUCCCCGGGGGCUACCAACAGCAUCACACAUCCAACAAACGUAGCACUCAUCACUCAUUUUUUGCCUUUUGAUACCUUAUUAUUCAAUUUAUUUAAGAACAACGACGAAAAAAAAGAUGAUCUUUCCAAUUGUAUAAAGUAAAUCGUCAUGCUAAGCAACAAAUUGUCUAUGAUAUUUUUAUAUCCAAAAAAAAUGUACGCUUCUAAUCCGUUAUUACGUUUUGGAUUUUGUGUGUUUCUGUUGCAUGCUCUUUAUUGUAAAAAUAAUAAUGAAUAAUAAUAAAAAGUUAAUACCGUAUUAAUUAUUAUAGAUACAUAAUUGCUGUAACAAUUUAAUUAGAGAAGGAAUUGUACUCGGAUGUUGAGAAAAAAUAUUUUAAAAGUGCAAUGUCUUUUGGUAACAUUCUAAAAUAAUAAUAAUGGUUUUUUUGUUAGUUUUGUUUUUGCUAUGGAACACCUUUUCAUGCAAUAUGUUCAUACAGGUAUACAAUAUACUGUCUGGUGCCAUUGGUAAGAGUAACACAGUUGUAUCGCUGCAGGAGAUGUUAUUUGAAAAUUGUGUUUUAAGAAAUAAGGUUAUUUGUGCUCCAUACAAUUUUUUGGGGGGGGAGGCGGUGGAAGGAUAAAGUAUUUGCUUUUCAUUUUGUAAAAUAUUUCUGGGUUGUGUCCGGCUACCCAUGCUAAUAUUGUAAAUGCUUUAUGAGCAUUGUACUUUUUUCUUCAUUAAAAAAACUGUUAAAAUCAA